AAUUCUAGUAGAUCCAUUUUCUUGUUAUUUUUUCUACUCUUUAUUAAAAUUUCCUCUCUCUUUCUGAUCCCUCAAGCCUCUGCUUUAUAAGCAAAUUGAAUGGUCUCAUUUUGAAGAUCUUUCACAAAAGUAAUUCUUUCUAGACAUUUUCUACACAUUGCCCUCAUUUCACCUAAUAGUUUCUCACUUUGCUUCAAAACAAAAAUGAAAUCCAUAGACCUAUUUUGUGCCUCACCGGCAGCCACCGCCAUAUGUUCAAGCACGGACCAGUGCUCCACCAUGCCACAUGGCAUGAAGGCAGUCGACCGACAUAUUCACCGUCUUGGCGACUGGCCUAAAAGCAGAGCACCACCACCUUGUUCAUCCCAACUCCCCAUUGAUCCUAGAACUUAUUAUCAAAAAAACAGAAAAAAUUCUUCUAAGCAAAGUGAAUUAUUUCGUAGAAAAAGCUCAGCUGAUGUCAAUGACCUUGGUUCUUCAAGUUACUUAUUGAGUGAUAAACCACUUCUUGAUUUCACAUCAGAUUCUGAACGCAUUUCAGCCUUGAUUCCUAGUAAUCAGCCUGUUAGGACCGAACGUAUGGAUUCUGACAAUUUUCGGGUUUUCAAGUCCUUGUCCACUCGAUCAUAUGAGUCUCCUCCUAGGAAUAUGCCCGUAAAGCAGUAUCCAGUCUUUAAAUCUUCUUCAAAAGGCACGGAUGAGAAUAUGCUCUUGAAGAAGUACUCUUCGCUAGUGGAAAAAUCUUCGCCAACAUGCUCAAAUGAUACUAAGCUUCCUUUAAGACACUUGAGCAAUCAUCUUGACAUUCACAAAUCUUCAUCAACUCGACCAAGUCAUCGUAGUUUAAAGGUUGUUGAAUUGAGGGUGUCAAUCCAUUGCAAGGGUUGCGAACGAAAAUUGAGGAAACAUAUCUCUAGAAUGGAAGGAGUGGCAUCAUUUAAAAUAGAUUUGCCCACAAAAAAAGUGACAAUAAUUGGGGAUGUGACACCUCUAAGUGUACUCACAAGCAUUUCUAAGGUGAAGAAUGCCCAAUUUUGGCCAUCUCCUACUUCUUCAUCUACUCCUUCGUCUACACCAUCAAGAGUCGGUCCAACCGAUUAAAAUUUCUAACAAUUGGAAGAGCCAAUUGUCUAUUCCAUAACAAUUACUAGAUGUUAAGUAAAUGUGUGCUUGUUUGGACAGCGAUGUGUUAAUAUAUCUUAUCCGAGACAAUACCAACACAUAUAUGUAUAACAUGUAUAGUUGAGAGCGUAAUUUCGAAUUCGUGAAUGGAUGUGACGUUUUUUUC